AUGCCGGAAAACUGGACGCCGGCACACCUUGCUUCCAAGUAUGGCAACCUCGAUUUACUCGAAGUACUGGUGGAUAGAGGCGCCCGACUAGAGGCGAAGACAAAGCAAGGAUGGAAGCCAUUGCACUUUGCUGCUCGGGAUGGGCACCUUGCGUGCGUCGAGCUUCUCCUCAGCAAAAAGGCCAAGGCAUCGUGCGUCACCAAGGACUGUCUCUCUACCCCUCUUCACGUCGCUGCCAAUGCGGGCUUCGCUGACGUCUGUAGGCGCUUGCUGGAGGAGGACAUUGACCCCGACGCACGUGAUGUGAUCGACCGCACAGCAAUGCAUUUGGCGGCCGACCAAGGGCACCUGGAGGUGGUCAAGGCGCUGCUCGAGGGAGGGGCGAAGGUGGACGUGCUGGAUCACGACAGCUGGUCCCCUCGCCAAAGUGCGGAGUUCCGAGGCUUCCUGGAGGUCGCCGCGGUGCUCGCGAAGGACUACUCCGUCCUCAAAGAGGGGGAGGGGGCUACCAAGGGUGCAUCGGCAGCAUUGCCUCCCGCCCCGUGGCACAUCGAAAUAUUUGCCCAGGUUCGCCUAGACACCGCGAGGCAGCGAAAACUCCACGGCGUUUCUGUCGCGCGCGAAGGAGUGUACGCCAGGUAUGCCAACAUCUACAAGGAUCACGCCGCCCGGACCUACGCCCGCACGAUCGAGGCCUCUCGGCAGGAGAGGGGCGGGCUCGAGGCAUACCGUCGCCGCGUCGUGAAAGCAUCGACGGACGCGGAGCGCUACCGAGGGUACGUCGAGAUGGACACGCCCAGGGACGACCCCCACUGGGAGGAGGACGGGCUAGGGCUGCUGCCGGCCGACGGUGGCAGCACGUCAACGAAUUACGCGGCUUCUUCCAACGGCCGAGAGAGUGGCAGCGUUGCAGGAUUCUCCCCGUCAAGAAGCAGUGCCAACGUGGACGUUUCCUUGUCUAGCGAAAAAGAGGAUGGAGCAGGCAGAGGGCUCGUGCACGGCGACGAGACUGCCCGGCGUUGGCCAGUAGAUCGGGCUGCGCCCGAGUGCUCGAUGGGUGACGGCGGGGAGCCGGAGGCGCCUGCGGUAUCGAGGUUGGAUAGCGUCACCGACGACGAAAAUACCGCGACAACACGAAGAUCGUUCGACCAUGGUGGCGGUGGAGGUCGUGGUUGUUUCGUGGACGUGGUCCCGUUCAACAAUAUCCGCGCCAAGUACUUGAGACCGUGGAACGACACAGAGCUGUCCAGGCCCUACCACGUCGCCCCUUCGCCGACCUGGAGGGCGGAUAGAGCAGUAGGGACCCCAAGUUUGGCCUCGAGCGUGGGGUCAUCUAUUACCUCUACUGAUGCCUUUUCGGCUGCCGGAAGUGGGCAAACGUUGGAAGCGUACCGAAAGACAAACCUGAGGAACCCGGCGACGCACCGGCCGCGCAGCCGGACGUUGAACUGGAAGGAUGGGAAAGAAUGGCGCAUGAACUAA